AUUAUAAUGUCUCUCUUCUCGCAAAUUGAUUUCGCAGCUUUCGCUUGUGAUUUCGAUUUCGUUUCCAGUUUUCCCCCAAUUUUUUCCAUCGAAUCCUAACGAGCUUCUCUAGUUUUCGAUUUCAAUCCAUGGGUUCCGCAGAUGUGCUGCGACUUGUGGAUUGGGAGGCGGAAUCAUAUCCUGUUUAUGAGGACUUUGCUGCUCUUCCGUUCUUGGUCGCCUUCUUCCCCACUGUUCGAUUUCUUCUUGAUAAAUUCGUCUUUGAGAAAGCGGCACGGCGACUUGUUAUUGGGAAGGGGCAUGAAAAGCUUGAUCUUGAAACAAAAGAACGGAGAAAAAAGAUCAAUAAAUUCAAGGAAUCAGCCUGGAAGUGUGUCUAUUUUCUUUCUGCUGAGUUUCUUUCCCUGUAUGUUACGUAUGAUGAGCCAUGGUUCAAAAAUACCCGUUACUUUUGGGUGGGACCUGGAGAUCAAGUUUGGCCUGACCAAAAAUAUAAAUUGAAGCUUAAGGGCGUUUACAUGUUUGCUGCUGGAUUUUACACCUACUCCAUAUUUGCUUUGAUAUUUUGGGAAACAAAACGUGCAGAUUGGGGUGUUUCAAUGUCCCAUCAUGUUGCAACUGCCAUUCUUAUAAUGUUGUCUUAUAUUUUCAGAUUUGCACGUGUUGGCUCGAUUGUUUUAGCCCUUCAUGAUGCUUCUGAUGUAUUUCUAGAGGCAGGAAAGAUGUCCAAGUACACUGGCUGUGAGCCACUGGCUGUUGUUAUGUUUCUACUUUUUGUUACUUCAUGGGUGCUAUUCCGCCUCAUAUGCUUCCCAUUUUGGGUCAUUCGAAGUACCAGCUAUGAAGUGGUCUUGACUUUAGACAAGGAGAAGCACAAGGUGGAAGGACCGAUUUAUUAUUACAUUUUCAAUUCCCUUUUGAUCUCAUUACUUGUUCUUCACAUCUAUUGGUGGGUUUUAAUCUUCCGGAUGCUUGUGAAGCAAAUCCAAUCCCGAGGACAUGUCGGGGAUGAUGUUCGUUCCGAUUCCGAAGAUGAAGAAGAACAUGAAGAUUGAGAAUUGAAUCAAAUCAAUUACUUCAACAUGGUUAGACGUGAAUUCCCAUUGCGGCAGGUUCUUCAACAUUCUCGAUUAUAUUGUGAUCGCUUUAGCGAUCUCGAUUUGUUGCAUUGGAUGCUUAGAAAAACUUCAUGAGAUUCUGUAGUUUUGAUAGUUAAUUUUUAGCAGAUUAACCUCAGCUAGGUGCACAACUAGUUGGGACCUCAUUUUCCCUCCAUUUAUGUAAGUCUCAAUUAAUGACCACUUUUCAUUGAGAUGCUCAUCAUUGGUUUGAUUUUGUAUAUUAAUUUCAGAAACAUACUGUUCAAGAGAAUUAGUGAAAAUUUACUUAUUAUGAAAAAUCAUUAUUU